GUAUGAUUUAGAUAGGUACAGAUACAUAUAUAUAUAUGCCCUCUCCGCUCUCUCGGCUUUCCUCGUUGUGUUUGGCGGCGGCGGAAGAACCCUAGAGCCAGCGAGUCAGAUCCCGGAAGAUCCAAAAUCCCGAUGGCCAUGGCGAGGAAAUUCGGUGCCCUUCUUCUGUCGAAGCAGCCCCACCGGCUCGUCCACUCCGAGGCCCGUGAGAACAAGCUCUUCCAAGAGAAGAAGGAGGAGAUGUUCCGUCUCCUUGCUGGAAAGGAUGGUGAACUGAGCAAAGAUGAUGCUGGGUUGCUUAGGCACUUGUCGACACAAGUGGAGCCUAAACCCAAUGAUCUUGUCUGGUGUACCGCCCGAAAAGCGGAAAAGAUCAGGGGUGCAUGGUCACUGUUCGUGCAUACCUUCCUGUUAACGACUUGUGUGUCUAAGUGGAUGGGGAAUGCAGCCCCAGGGAACAAGCUAGAGCAGUGAAGACACUACUCCAUCGGCUAUCUCCUAUAUAUCUAUCUAUUGAGAUGUCUUUAUAAGACAGAAGAACUGUGCUUUAUAAUCUCUAAAACAACAUUUAUGACCUGUGCUGAUGCCAUCUAUGAAAGAACAUUUAUGACCUGUGCUAAAAAACUGUCUGCUCGUGUUUAGAGCAUCUCUA